AUGUUGAAGCACGUGGCCGUGUCUCCUCACCGCGCCCGCGCCGACUCCGUCAGCCUGGCCUCCUCUGCCUCCUGCUGCAGCCUCGGCAGUCUGGACAACAGGCACGACUCCGUCACGGACCUGUCACAUCGUACUACUACAAUCAAGGUGUACGCGAGAUGUCUCCGCCCGGACAUCGAGUACAAGACCCUGUCUGUGACGUGGGGCACUCGCGCCAAGGAGGUGGUGGCGACUCUGCUGGGGAAGUUCAGGAUGAGGCACCGGGACCCCAGGCUGUUCUACCUCAGCAUGGAGGUCCGGGUCAGGGCCGCGGGUCUGAGGACCACGCUCCUGCUAGAUGACGACGCUCGACCCGCCGCGCUGCAGGCCUGCCAUCCCAAGGGAUAUUCCAAGUUCUCCCUUCAGAUGCGUCCAGGAGGUCUCGUGAAGAUAUACGACUCGGCGCUGAUGUCCUCGUCUCAGUACAAGUGUAUCCUGGCCAGCGAGAGGACCACGGCCGACGAGCUCCUCGCCAUAUUACUACAUUGUUAUGAUUCAACGGAGGGUGUGGAACGAUUCUCGCUCUAUGAGGUGUCAUCAUCUCAAGAAUACGAACGUAAGUUACAUCCGGACGACCUGCCACUGAUGGUGCAGCGCGCGUGGCCCCAGGACAGCGACUGUCACUUCAGAGUAAGAAGAAACCCUCGGGCGCCCCCCCUCCCGCCGCGGACGCUGCCUCUCCCCCUGCCUUCCCUCUCUCUUCCUGCCCCUUCACCGGAGCCCGUUCAAGAGGACGACGACCCCUCCAGAGCACUGUCAGCCCUAUCUCUUGAGUCGGAAGGAGACAAGAGAUACAGUCCCGUGUACAAGUUUCCCAGCAUAAGUUACUGCAGGGAAACAAAAAACGACUAUCUUUACAUCUGA